CUCACUCUCUGCGCCGCGUUUUCUCCAUCUUUCUCUCGAUUGUUUCCUCUCAAAGCCAAAGCUUCUACGAUCUUCGUCUUUUUUUUCCUUAGGAUCUAACCAAUGGCCAGCAAGUCUGGAAGUGGUGGCCUAAGAGAACCACCAAAUGAGCAAGCUGUUCUGAACAUGUAUGAAGGCAUGAGAUCAGAGCUGAGUCAAAUCUACUCCAACAUAACUGAACUCGAGAUGCAAGUGAGCGAACACUCUCUGGUUAUCAACGCCAUUCAGCCUCUCGACCAAUCGAGGAAAUGCUUCCGCAUGAUAGGAGGCGUUCUUGUCGAGAGAACCAUCAAAGAGGUACUCCCAGCUGUGCUACGCAACAAGGAAGGGCUCGAAGAGGUUGUGAGGAAGCUAUACGAGACGCUGGAGAAGAAGAAGAAAGAUCUUACACAGUUUGAAGCUAAGUAUAAGAUCAGGAUAAGGAAGCAGGACGAUAACAAGGAAGAGGGUAACAAGAAGGAAGGUAAUGCUCAAGGUGUUCUCGUUGGAGCUGCUAGUUCGAGCCAGUAAAACUCUACUUUUGGCGUUCUGUUUUACUGUUGUAUCUCUUUUUGGGAUCUCUUUGUUUAAAAGCCGUAACCUUUUCUGGAAAAGGAUGUUUUGAGUGUUACAAAAACUAGCAAGACUGGAGAAUCGUCAUAUUUUGUAGAUCAGUUGUGUUAGAUA